AUGACUCCGUUGGAGCUGAGAGGCCUUUGCCUGGGCGAGACCCUCCGUGCCGUUGUGUUUACCCAGUGGAUUGCCAUGGCAACACGGCCGCGCAGCCCGCGCCGCAAUGACGCAAGAGCCUCCUCACGCCGCUUCGGUUGGCAGCUCGCCUCGGCCGUGCCUGGUCAUCUCAGCGUGGUUUUGCUCCCGAACCUUCGGCCUCCGGAUCUUUUUUUGGCUCCUCGGUCUCUCCGUGUGCCCCUCUUGUCCAUCAUUGCUCGUGGUGACCCCACUGUUCAGCUCUGCCUCUUCAGAAGGUGGAGAUGGCGUGAGGAUCAACUGGCAGGACGAUGGUCCAUCUCGAGUGUAACUGAAGGUAACAAUCAUGUGGACCUGUGGGAGAUUGAUGACUUGCAGGCGUCUCCUCGGCAUCUACUGUACGUGCUACCUAGUAAGCUACCAGACACUGGCGCCCUACUCCGAUGGGAUCUCCUCUCACAGUCUCCCCUCAUGCUCAGAGAGAUCGAUGGCUGGGGCCCGCUCACCAAAACAAGUCAUGGGGAGAUUAGAUCCAGAUCGAUGGAAGAUACUGGCACACCGUGUGGCGCACAAACAGGGCAGGCCAGUCAAAAUGACCGAGUUCAGAUCUCUUCCCGGCUCUGA